UAAAGGUUUUAGUAAACUAUAAAAUCUCUGACUUAUAGGUUUUAUGUAGUAGUAGUUUUAUGCUAAUUUAACUCAUUUUAUGCUAACUGUAAAUCCUUACAUUCAUUUCACCAGUCAGGAUCCUAAUCAGGUUUUUGUUGUUGUUUUAAUGUUGGUUUUAAAUGUCCAGGUCAAAUUUGCUAUAGCCUUAAAUUACAAUGUUUUUUGUUAAUCCAGUCCUCCAAACUAAAAAUUAUUAUAUGUAUAAUUCUUAUGUUGUUUAUAAUUCUAUAUAUAACUAUAGCAUCAUAUUUUGGAAGAUUUCUGUUUUUCUGGAAGAAUGGAUUUUCAAAUCAUGCUAAAAAAAAAAUCUAUGUACAGUAUUAAGUAUAUUUCAGUUUAUUCAAAAAUGAAACACUGCGAGGCAUCUGCUUUCCCCCUGGUCUCCAAAGACUUGUUUUGUUACCCAGGGUCCUCGUGGGACUGGUAUGAAAGUGAUUAAAAGAGAAAACCACAACAGCAUGUCAUUGCCUUACAUAUGAGGUAACGAAACAAUAACUGUAUAUUUUUAGAUAUAUAUUUAAUGAUAUACAUAAGUAGCAUUGAUCUGUUGGUAAAAUAACAAUUUCACCUCUUAAUCAUGUCUCAAAAACAUACAGAGAAAAUGUGUGCAUGUGUUAAUGAAGGUAAAAAAAAAAAGACGUACUGUAGAAUUAUAGUAGAAUAGUAUAGUAGAAUUAUAAAAUUCCCUAAAUAAUAACAAUUUAACUAUUAGGAUUUUCAGUAGCAUCUGAAGCCUUAAAAUAUAAUUAUUUAUAAAAUAUUUUAAUGCACUAAUUUCACCUUGUAAUGCACCCUAUAAUGCAUCGAAUGAUCUCAUGAAUAAUUGCAACUACAGUUUUAAAACCCUGUAAUACUUUUCUGUUCAUUGUUACACUUUUAGAAAGUAUAAUGUAUUGAAAUAUAUGACCAAUUUCAAAUGUAAAAAAAGGAAUCUGCAAAUAUUAUAAUGCAUUUAAACUUUGGUUAAAACUUUAUGACAAGAUAUAAUACAUUAUAAUGUACAUUCUUAAUACUUUUAUGCAUAAUGCAUUAUAAAGUCUUUAAAUAAAGUGUUACCAAAUUUCCAUUAUAACCAUAGUGGAAAUCCCCAUCAUACAAGUGCUUUUUGUAUGCUAUUAUGCUGUUAAAGGUUUGCAGAGAGAAUGCAGACAGACAAUUUGUUCUGCCAAAAUCAAUAACUUUAUAAAAAUACUGUUUAUUAAAUUUCAAGUUUUAAAGACAAAGUGUGUAAUUUCUGAGGUGUCACCAAACGGAACUGCUAAAAAUAACACUUAAACAAACAGCUUUGCAGUGACCACAGAGUCAGAGUUUCAUUUUUAUAAGGAAAUAAACCUGUAAAUGGUUGACUUACAGUGACUCUGCAUAUAACAGUGGCAUAUACUGAUUCUUGCUAUGGGAAACUGUUCUUGCCACCGAGAAAAAUCACUUCACCUUUGAAAUAACGUUUUCUUAUAUCUUGGACUGCAUAAAUAAUGAAGCAAGCUGAGGAUAAACCUGAUGUUGUAAACACUGGGAUUGUGUCUUGGAAAUAAAUUAUGAUUUGGCAAUAUACAGAGAAAGGGCUCCUCCAGUUUUGAUUUCUAAAGAGAGCCCCUGUAACGCUGGUAAAUGUGCAUGUGAUUUGUGCCAUUGUGUCCCUGAGAAGAAGGAACCAUGUAAGCAGAACUUCCUCACUUAUUCUGGCAACUGACGAAACCAUUGUCAUCUGAGUGGCUGUACUGAUCCACACAGCGACCAGUAAGAUGUGACUAAUAAAAAACAUCAAACAAAUGAUGGUCAUUAAACAGAAACUGAACCGUUCAUAUUAGUCAGUGGACUGCCAGGUGUCAAUCACAAGUAGCAUUUAGAGCUGUUAGUGUUAAAAUAAUCUUUAACUGUUAAACCAAAACUUCCUGUUUCCUAAAUGCAACUGUGCGUGCAUCACCAGACUCUGCUUAUUUUCGGUCUACGCAUUGCAUAGCUUGCACCGGGACAUUACAUAGACAUUGCUACCAUGAUGAUAAAAUUAGACCUCUGGCUCAUUAUGACACUGCAGAUCACACUAACCCUGUGUCAAAUGGACAAGGCGAGUCUGAAGACUCAACCCUGCGAUAUACAUGAGAAUGUAACUGCAAUGACAGUUGUGGUCAACUGCCGUGGACGUGCACUCAAAAAGGUGCCAAUGCUCUUACCAAACACAACCUACCUUGAUCUAUCCGAGAACAAGAUCAAGAACAUAACAGCAGGAGAUUUCCGAGACCUGGCGAAUCUGACCAAUCUAAAUCUGAACUGGUUGAAUAAUAAUCAGAAGGUUCUUAUUGGUGCCGGGGUGUUUUCAAAUAUGACCAUGCUGCGUACACUGGAGCUGAACGGGAUCGGUCUAAAGGAUGUACCAAAGGAUAUUCCAAAGAAUCUGCGAGAACUAAAGCUGGUUGAGAACAAGAUCACCCGGUUAAACUCAACAUCAUUCAGGCAUGUGCAAAAUCUGUCACUCAUUUACCUUUCAAAAAACUGCUACUACUGGAAUCCUUGCUCAAGUUUUUAUCAUAUAGAAGAAGGAAGUUUUUCUGUCCUUAACAAGUUGAAACAUCUUACUUUGUCUUACAACAACAUAACUCAAGUCCCUAAAGGCCUACCUGCCUCACUGAGGACACUUGAGCUUGCGUCAAACAGAAUAUCGUACGUCGGAGAGCAUGAUUUCCAAGGACUCGACAAUCUGACAAUUCUAAAAAUCCAAGGGAACUGUCCACGAUGUCAUAAUGCUCCGUAUCCAUGCAUUCCGUGUAAAAAUGUUUCCAUUGAAAUUCAUCCACGAGCCUUUGCCGGCCUUGAAAAGCUGCGGCUUCUGCACCUUGCGGGGAAUUCGAUAGAGAAAAUCGAUCCUACUUGGUUUGCAAACCUCUCAAAGCUUGAGGAACUCUACCUAUCGUUUAAUUUCUUGUUCAAUGCUGUUGCCAAUAAUGUUUUUCUGAAUAAUCUGCCACUGCUGACAAAACUCGAUCUCUCGUUUAACUACGCCCUCAAGUGUUACCCCAACACGGUUACACUAUCGCCCAGCUUUGCGAACUUGACCUCUCUGAGGAAUCUGCACCUUCGAGGUUUGGUUUUUCGAGAAAUCCAAGAAGAGACCUUAAGCUCUCUGUUUGGUUUACGAAAUCUGUCGGUGUUGGAUGUAGGAAUAAACUUCAUUGUCCGUGCGAAAUUGGACAUAUUUGAAAAGUUGCAACAUGUGAAACUAAUCUAUCUUUCAGAAAACAGAUUUUACCCGGUGACUGUAAAUGGAGAGUUGCGUAAAGACGUGGGCAUUGGUUUAAAAUCUUCAUCCAUGAUGCCCUCAAUGUCAGAACCUUAUCCUAAAGAUAAUGUUUUUGACAUUCCAAAAAAUCUCGUAAAACCAGAGUGCUACGCUGCCGGCCGUGUGUUGGAUCUCAGCCGAAAUAACCUGUUCUUAAUUUCUCCUAAACAGUUUGAGACAUACGGGAAAAUAUCUUGCCUCAAUCUCUCAGGAAAUGGCUUUGCCACGGCUCCUAAUGGAUCUGAAUUCACAUCGCUCCCAGACCUCAAAUAUCUGGACUUGUCCUUCAACAAAAUUGAUCUGGCAUACGAUUACGCCUUCCGAGAGUUACAGAGUCUUGAAGUACUAGAUCUUAGUUACAACCCUCAUUACUUCACUGUACAAGGUGUGACGCACAAUUUGAACUUUCUCAAAUAUUUGCCCUCCUUGAAAGUGUUAAAUAUGAGCUACAACAGCAUCUAUACGUUAACCACCAAAACCAUGUCAAGCAAGUCUCUUCAAGAGCUGCAAUUCCAGCACAACAGCCUCGGCAAGAUGUGGAGGGUGAAAGACAGAACCUACGAUAGGCUAUUCGAAGACUUGACCAACCUGACCUAUCUUGACAUAUCCUAUAACUACAUCGAGAAGAUCCCUCUUAGAAUUUAUAAACAUCUUCCCCGAAGCAUUCAAAAGUUGCGAAUAAGCCACAAUCACCUGACGAAUGUCAGUUGGGAAAUUUUGAGACAAUUCCCUCAUCUCCGAGAGCUCUUUUUAAGUAACAACAACAUCCUUAAAAUAUCUGGUAACUUGUCAAGUGAUGUUCCUUCUUUAGAGUUCCUUGAUCUGCGGCACAACCUAAUAUCUGAGCUCUCCGGUGGAUUCCUCCUGGGAGCGGUAAACCUAAAGAAUCUUGAUCUCAGUCACAACCACCUCAUAACCAUCAACCAGUCCACGUUUCCAUCUGAAACCGAGAGUUACCUGAAGACGCUGUCGCUCAAUGGAAACCCUUUCCACUGCACAUGCAACCUGCUUGAAUUCAUUCUGUGGAUUCGCAAGACUAACGUGAAGAUCCCCAGACUGGUGACUGCAGUGACGUGUGCCAUGCCGGAAGAGAGGAAAGGUUUGGCAGUGGUGCAUUUUGACAUUAAAGAAUGCAUCGAUGACCAGUUGGCCUUUCUGGCGUACUUCUUCUCCAUUGUUUGCAUUAUAUGCACUACUUUCGUGGCCGUCUCAAUGCACCUUUUCUACUGGGACGUUUCCUACUUAUUCUACUAUUUGAAAGCCAGAUUCACUGGGUAUCAGCACCUGAGCUCUGACAGCUGCAUCUAUGAUGCCUUCAUCACCUACGACACCAAGGACACGCAGGUGUCCGACUGGGUGCUCAAUCACCUGCGAGUGCAGCUGGAGGAACAAGGCGAGCGAUUCCUACCCAUUUGCCUGGAGGAACGGGACUGGAUUCCCGGCUCUGCCGUUCUGGACAGUCUGACGCAGAGCAUCCAGCACAGCCGCAAAACCGUCUUCGUCCUGACCGAGCGCUACGUGAACAGCGGCUCCUUUAAGCUGGCCGUGUUCCUGGCCCACCAGAGGCUUCUGGAGGAAAACGAGGACGUGAUCGUGCUGCUGCUGCUGGAGCCCGUGUUGCAGCACUCGCACUUUCUGCGGCUGCGCCGGCGGCUCUGCGGGCGCAGCAUUCUCGAGUGGCCGCACUCACCGUCCGCCGAAGCCUGGUUCUGGCAGUCGCUGCGGAACGCCAUCCGCGUGGACAACCAGGCCAUGUACAGCGAACUCUACAGCAGAUAUUUCACCACUAAGUAGAAGAAAGCAAUCAUAAACCUGGUUUGAGCUACAGAAACCAAAUUAAGAUCAUGUUAGUCUUUAGUUUUAGUUUUUUUUUUUUUUUUUUUUUUUUUUCUGGUUUAAAAAAAAAAAAAAAAAAAAAAAAGCUGUCUGUGGCAAAUCGUGUAUUAGAAAGCGAAUACCUUGAGAAGCUAUCAAUGAAUCUUGAUGAAAAUGAUUAUUUCAGUAUUCUAGAUUUUUGUAUAAAGUGAAAACAGAGUACAAAAGUGCACCAGAAAAGAAAAAGAAAAUCAUUUAGGCUUUGUGUGUGUGUGUGAGAGAGAGUGAGAGAGAGAGAGAGAGAUUUUUUGUGCACUUUUAAAAUAAUAAUAAUUAUUAUUAUUAUUUAUUUUUAUAGUGCCUUUCUGAAACCCAGUGUCACAUAGUUUGGAAAUAAAUAAAUAAAUAGACAAAUAAAUAAAAAUAGACAGAUAGCAAACAUCCAUAACAAAAUGCAAUUCACAGACCAAGAGCUGAAGAGUAAUAUUAAGAGAUAAAAAAAAAAAAAACCUUUUUAAGAGGUUUUUGAAAGAACUGUUGAAACAGUAGUUUAAAAUUUAGUCCAAACUACACUGUUUCUCUCUGCACACAUACAAACACACAAAAGAGAUGCAAAGGAGCAUGUUUUCUUCAUUUCCAUCACGAAAUUAUGAAUAAAGGCAGCAUAUUUUCUUGUUAGUCACUUUAUUAUUUUAUUUUAAAAUUGCAUGUAAAGAUGCAAAGGAAGGUUUCACAAGAAGCAUCUGUUUUUUUUUUUUUUUUUGUUUGUUUUUUUUUUUUGUAUUUUUGUAUCAUCACUAAAUGAUAAAAAAAGGCAGGAAAUUUUCAUGUUAGUUAUUUUUUUAAUGGAAAUUUGGUAGAUGUCUACAUGAUUAAUGACUAGCAUGACAUUCACUCGAUCACUAAUGUUUUAAUUAGUUUAUUGUAUUUUUUUGUUUUAUUUUUAAUCUAAAACAGAACCUCACUUGUAUAAAAAUGUUAAUUUAGCCAAUUAAAACUUUAUUUUUCAUCAGUUCAUGAUGUUUCUCUGUGAACAUACGCAAACGCACAAGAGAUUUACAAAUGAACAUUUGACAAGGAGCAUCUGAUACCUGUUCUUCUAAAAAAAAAUAACAAUAAAACCUUUUUUAUAGCAAAA